UUUGGGCCUUUCUGUGAUCGCGAUUGUUUUUCUGCUCUUUAUUCCCUGAAAAAAUGAUCAAAAAUUAAUUUUAACUGCUGCGAUAUCGACAAGAAAGUGUUUGUUACGCGACGAAUGUGAAGAAAAAUCGAAAAGACGCACGAAAAACGAUUGAAUUCAAUGUUUAACACAAUGUCGAGCAACAAUAUGUACGAUUCUCAGCCAUCGACGACAGGCACUCUCAAAACCACAAUUUCGUUAGGAGGCAAAAACCCGACCAUUAGUGGGCCUUUCUAUCUUAUGAAGGAUUUUAGUCCAGGCGAAUCCGAACUCACGGGAUCCACAAAUUUGCUUGCGCAUUACAACUUGGAACAUUCGUACAACAAAUUCAGCGGAAAAAAGAUCAAAGAGCAACUUAGUUCGUUUCUGCCAAAUCUCCCGGGCGUCUUGGAUGGCGUUCCGCAAUCCACAAUUCACGAUAACAGCACGUUACGAAGCGUAAUUGAGAAGCCCCCGAUCGGAGGAAAGGAGUUGCUGCCGCUCACGAGCUUCCAAUUGGCUGCGUUUCGUUUGCAUCCGGGCCCGUUGCCGGAUCAGUACAAGUAUUUGAGUACGACGCCCACGAAAAAGCACAAGAACAAGCACAAGAAGAGCAAGUACAAGGAGGGCGGCGUGCCGCAGGAAACUUCGCUGACAGAUGCCUCGGCACUCGAUACGCACGAGAAGAAACACAAGAAGCAGAAACGGCAUGAAGACGAUAAGGAACGGAAAAAGAGAAAGAAAGAAAAGAAACGGAAGAAACAGCGACCUGAGCAUCCCGAACAACGACCUGAAAUCUAAAAAAUUUAGUAGUUUAGCGUUUUUUAAUUCGAAAUUUUAUUUUAAUUUGUUUAGUUGUCCCGAAAUAAAGCAAGAAAAUGAUCAAAAAUAGGCGACUUUAGUGAGGGAAAGGUUUUUUAAAAAAAAAAUUUUCAAAAUUUGGGCUCCCUCAGGUUUCGUUUAGUUCCGCUUCUUUUUUUCUUUGUCUUCUCUGAAACUAAUUUUAAUUUAAUUUAUAGUAAAAAGUAGAGAUAAAUAUAGAAAUAUUUAACAACAAACAUUCAUUGGAUACCUAAAUAUUACAAAAAU